UGUCAUUUCAUUUUAUUUUUUAGAAAUUUUCUCGUCACACACACUUACAAGUCAUCAGAUUCACCUACAAAAGCAUCUCAAUCUUUCAAUCAUGACCUAGUCCUGACGGUAAAACUAUCAACAUAAGGGUUUAAUAGUGGUUGACUUUGAGUUGAUUGACAUUAAUCCUCUCACGAGCCGCCAUGGCGGAGCAGGAACAAAUCUAUCGGAUUUCCUUUGUGGCGUUGGGGAAGUGCCGCGAAAGGAAGCUGCUUUGCACCUGGAACAACGUAAAAUGCGGCCCUGCAGAGGGGGAUACCCGGAUUCCAACGGUAUUCAUGUUUGUUAUAGGACUGGUGCAGGUACACAUAUCACUUUUACCUCGAUGUCACUCGAACUCUACUUUGGACAAGAUUCUGUGGUUGUAGCGAUGAUCCACAAAACAAAGUGAAAAAAAUAUCUUCAUCAAAAAAAAAAAAACUCCACAGAUCAAGAAGCUGUUGGAAGCGGCCGACAAGCGGCUGACUCCCGGGCAGCGGCAGAAGCUCGAGUGGGAUGGGGCAACGGUGUUCUGCAUGAAGGAGUUUCCGGACGGGGAGAUGUUGUACACCAUUUUGGUGAUCAACGAUGAGGUAUGACAGUGCACAGCGCCCGCGCCCCCUCCCCCUCAUUUGUAUGGCAAGAACAGCAAUACAAGCAACGACAGCUAUGUGGCUUUCGCAUGACAAAUCCGUACAUGGAUUGUAGUCCUGUUUGAGCGUCCAAAACUUGUCGUGCGAAAAGAGCUUAAAGGCAAGUAGAGGUCGACUUGGUCUUUUGCAUUACAAAUGAGGGGGAGGAGGAGUUGUGCACUCUCAUACGAGGCGGAGGAGUACCCCGAGAGGAUCGCGUACGGCUUUCUGGCCGACCUGAAAAAGAAGGUGGACGACGACAUGCAGGCGGGGCACCUGGUGGACGGCCCCGAGGACGACAGCAUGAGCGCGCAGCUCGCCGAGUUCAUAACCCAGCAGGCGCUGACCUACGACGACCCCGGGGAGUACGACAAGCUGGCGCGGGUGCAGGCGAAGACCAAGGCCGUGCAGCAGCUGAUGCGCGGGAACAUCGGGCAGAUGCUGAAGAACACGGAAAAUUUGAACGUGCUGGACGAACAGACGCAAGCGAUGGAGCAGGAGGCGCUGGAGUACGACGAUACCGCUGAGGAAAUCAAAGACUACUUCUGGUUAUGCAUUGCAAAAGUAUAAUCUUCGUACUAGUAUCGAUUGCAUUUUAAGAAAAAUGCAAUUUUUCAUGGGGUACUAAAAAGUUUGUCAGAUUCGUCAUAUUGCAUGACUGCAAUUUAUACGAGUGCGAUAGUUGUACUUUUGCGCAGGAUACUGGUGGAAAGACUGCCGCGUGACCGUGUUGAUAAUCAUUGGCAUCAUGGUGCUCGCUCUCAUUGUGCUAAAAUGCAGCGGCUGCCUGGAGUGCAUCAGUGGCGGAAAUGAUGCACAUAGCCACGACGCGGGAUCAAAUACAGCAAAUAACGGGGGGCAAGGGCAAGGCGGCGCACCGGUGUCGGCAUAUUAGUAGAGUUGUGACUGUUUUAUUGGUCUUGAUUUUGGUUUUUGAUUGAAGCAAGUUCAUGUUCGCAUAGGUGGUAUUACGUGCUAGGGCAUGUAGGUUUUCCACGUUUUAAGGCUCAUUCUUGUCUUCCGUCCACCAUUAUUUUCGCAAUGAAUUCUUCAGAUUUUGGUUUUGAUACCUUUUGUAGAAGACAUACGGCCGCUGGAUAAAUACAUUUUGCCAGCUCCGUGUCUCGUUGUUGAAGGCGUCAUAUGACAAAAUUAAUUGAUCGAUUGAUGCAGCUGCUGUGUUUUUCGAUUUUACGUGAAUUAGAAAUCAUAGAAAGUUAAGGCAGCUAGUCCACUAAAGCGGUAAAUCAGACACGCGAAGCGAGGUCCUCUCGGUAAGGUCAUGAGAGCAAAGCUCGGGAGGAGAGGAAAAAGCGUAAACCAAGUUGGGUCAGAAAAUUCCUUAACCUGGCUGCAGCUCUUUUUAGCCGUAACAAAAGACAAAAACGCGUCGCGUUCUCUAUUGGUGGGUCUUACCCUUACUUACUUACAU